AUUUUCUACUUGCACCAAGAAAUUUUGUGGUCAGUCGGUGGUAUUUCUAACUUCAUCCUUCUACCACUACCACAUAGUCAAAUGACUAGAUCAAUUCUAUGACUUACGAAGAGUCGGAGAAGAAUGUAGAUGGACCUGGUUCCUUUAUAAAAAAAGAAGAUUCUUCGAAUUUCAAAUUACGCGUUCAUCUGCGUGAACCUGAGCUUAUAGUCACCCAUGCUGGGCAUGUUGUGGAAAAACCAAAGUACGAAAAUCUAGAAGACUUUUUAAGUUCGUAUGUAUCAUUAGAAGAUGGUGAUUAUGAUGCUCAAUCUGCCGAAGAAAAAGUAGAAGGUGAAGUCAAUCUUCGUCGAAGAAUUGAAGAGUUCCGAAGAAAGGGAUACUUCAGCGCUGAGGCUCCAGUGGAAUUGAAAAAGGGACCAGGCUCCAUGAGGCCUCCUUUGUCAUACAGAGAUAAUUUUUUAUCUCAUAUUCAUGGGUUAGCCCGUUAUAUGCACAAUGAAAGGAAAGUACGAGCAUCGCGAGCUCGUAAAGUGUCCGGUAUGAUUUUAGGGCAUUUUAAACGUCUUUCCGGAGCGGAUGAAAGAAAAGCUAAAGAAGAAGAAAAGCGAAUUCGUCUAUUAGCGAAAAGAACCGCUUGGGAAAUACGUAAAAAGUGGAAAGUAGUAGAAAGAGAAGUUCGGAGAAGACGAGUGGAACGUGCCGAAGAGGCGCAUCGUCUAGCAGGCAAAGAACAUUUGGCCAAUAUUUUGAAACACUCUACCGAUUUACUAGAAGCUAGAAUUGAACGGCAAACCGGUCCUACAUCUGCUAAGCAGAAGAAGGAAAAAGACAAGCCUCCAAAAAUUGAUUUGAACUAUUUAAGGGAUACUCCAGAUGACCAAUUGUCAAUCGAUGAGUUGAAACUUAAAUAUAGUAAUCCUGAAGUGGUUGACUCACUCGGUCAAAACGUUGAAUCUGAUGAAUCUGACGAAGAUCAGCUUGAUUCUGAAAAUGAAUUAUCUGAAGAUAUUUCUGAAGACGAAGAAAUCAAAAAAGAACAGGUUGCGUCACCUAAGACCGAUGAAAGCAGUUUGAAGACUCAGACAAACCCUAGCCGCGUAACUCGUGCUUCUGCUAGAAAGCUAGCUUCAGAAAAUGGAAUAAAGAAAGACUUAAACGGUAACUUUGAGGAGGCUUUGUCCAACAAACAAAGGAAUAAGACUUCCAAUUAUGGUAGCUCACGCUCCAAAAAUCACGAAGAUGAAUCGGAAAAUGAGUCCACUUUAUCUUCUCUGUAUGAUGAUUCUGUUCAAUCAAAAAAGCGAUUUUACGAAGAUGAGGAAAAGACCUCUAGGAAACGACAGCAAAUUGAGAAUGAAGGUUCCAAAGAUACUCAGAAAAAUGAGCACUCUGCCAUAACGGCGAAUAAAGUUGAUAUUCCUUUUCUUUUUCGGGGUUUCCUUCGUGAGUAUCAACAGUUUGGAUUGGAAUGGUUGACUGCACUUCAUGACAGCAAUACCAAUGGUAUUUUAGCUGACGAAAUGGGGUUAGGUAAGACUAUUCAGACAAUUGCCUUGCUGGCUCAUUUAGCCUGUGAAAAAGAAAACUGGGGACCCCAUUUAAUUAUUGUUCCAACAAGUGUUAUGUUAAACUGGGAAAUGGAGUUUAAAAAGUUUCUUCCUGGUUUCAAGAUAUUAACUUAUUAUGGUAACCCUCAAGAACGGAAAGAGAAACGUGCGGGAUGGUAUAAGCCAGAUACAUGGCAUGUUUGUAUAACCUCUUAUCAACUUGUUUUACAAGAUCAUCAGCCUUUUAGACGAAAAAAAUGGCAGUACAUGAUUUUAGAUGAGGCCCAUAAUAUUAAAAAUUUUAGAUCACAACGGUGGCAGUCAUUACUAAACUUCAACGCAGAACAUCGUUUGCUCUUGACGGGUACUCCAUUGCAGAAUAAUUUGGUUGAAUUGUGGUCGCUCUUGUAUUUUUUGAUGCCUGCUGGUGUGACGGACGCCAAUUCUGGAUUUGCUAAUCUUAAAGACUUUCAAGAUUGGUUUUCGAAACCCAUGGACCGACUAAUUGAAGAGGGAAGUGAAAUGAAUGAAGAAGCCAUGACUACCGUUGCAAAAUUACACAGGGUUUUACGACCUUACCUUCUUCGCCGUCUGAAAACAGAAGUGGAGAAGCAAAUGCCAGGAAAAUAUGAACAUGUUGUGUAUUGCCAGCUUUCAAAAAGGCAAAGAUUUUUGUACGAUGACUUUAUCAACCGUGCUCGAACGAGAGAAAUAUUAGCAUCAGGAAAUUUUAUGAGCAUUAUUAAUUGCCUGAUGCAACUUCGUAAAGUAUGUAACCAUCCUAAUUUACAUGAAGAACGUCCGAUUGUUACGUCGUUUGCUCAACGUCGGUCAGCUAUCGCUGAUAUGGAAAUCAAAGAAAUGUUAGUUCGUAAAAAGCUAUUGGAAGACGAGCCAAUGAGAAAGCUGGAUCUUUCUACUUUGCGUCUUGUCUGUACAGACUCUGAGUCCUUUGACGCUGUCACAUCAAGAGAAUUAGGAGCGCUGUGCGCAUCUGAUGGAUAUGACAAAAGAUGUACAUUAUUGGAAAUGGAAAUAGAUCAGCAAUCAUCUGCAAAUUAUAUAAAAAAGGCGGAAUUCAGGCUUGAUUUUCAAAACAGAAAAUAUAAACGUGAACUCGAGACAAUGCGCCAUCAGAAGUACUUAAACCAACAAAAGUGCAAUCGUAAACCAAUAUUUGGCAGCAAUCUUAUAAGCAUGGUUAGAGAAUUACCAAGGAAUUAUCGUGCUAUAGAUUAUACUGUUACUGCACAAAAGGAUCCCAUGUAUACUCUAAAUACAACCUCAAUGCUGCGUGACUCUAUUUUAGGGGUUGAAGAACGCGCUGAUUCGAUGAAGGAAGUUCUUCAGAACUUUGCUUGCAUCACACCGAAAGCUGUUGUUGUAGAUUUGCCAGAAUUGUUUACCGAACCUGUUAAACACAAAGUAUUGCCUCAAAUGAAGCAAGAUAAUUGGCCAUGGCAUCAGGCUGCAACGAGACUUGCUAUUGCAUUUCCUGAUCGUCGAUUAUUGCAGUAUGAUUGCGGUAAGCUACAAGUUCUUGACAAGUUAUUAAGAGAUUUAAUUUCGAACGGUCAUCGAGCUUUAAUUUUUACCCAAAUGACAAAGGUGUUAGACAUCUUGGAACAAUUCUUAAACAUACACGGUCAUCGAUACUUAAGGUUGGAUGGUGCUACGAAGAUAGAACAAAGGCAAAUUUUAACUGAAAGAUUCAACAACGAUGAUAAGAUUCCAGUAUUCAUUUUGUCUACUAGAAGCGGUGGAUUGGGAAUCAAUUUGACCGGUGCUGAUACAGUUAUUUUUUACGAUUCAGAUUGGAAUCCACAAUUAGACGCUCAAGCACAGGAUCGUUCUCAUAGAAUUGGCCAGACAAGGGAUGUUCACAUUUAUCGUCUCAUCAGCGAAUAUACGGUUGAAUCUAAUAUGCUAAGAAGGGCAAAUCAAAAACGGAUGCUUGAUAAGAUUGUCAUACAAGGAGGUGAGUUCACCACUGAAUGGUUCCGAAAAGCCGACGUUUUGGAUUUAUUUGAUUUGGAUGAAAAAUAUUUAGAGGAGGCCGAAGCAGAAACCACAAACAAAGCAGAUGAUGAACAUUGGGAAGAUGCUUUGGCAGCUGCUGAAGAUGAAGAAGAUGUAAAGGCCGCGCAAGUUGCCCGGAAAGAGUCAGUACUCGAAAGAAAUGAGUUUAUUGACAUCCCUACACCCCAAUUAUCAUCUGCUAUGGAAAGCACUUCAUCCCCAUCAAGUAUGACUCCUGUCUACGACAAAGAAGCUGAAGAUGAGGAAGAACAGCAGUCAAUUUUUGAUGAGGUCGGAUUCGAGAACGAAGAAGAAGGAGAUUUGGAACAAGAAACGGUUGACGAUACUCUUGGACAUAUUGAUGAGUAUAUGAUUGGAUUUUUGGAACGUGAAGGUACUAGUGAUGAAUGGUAAGCCAAGCAUUAAUUUAAGAAAGAAUCAAGAAAGAAAACGAUUAUUUCUGGUAAAUAAUCUUUGUCAUGAUGAUACGUAAACAUUAAUAAGAUGGAUAUUUUCAUAAUUAUCCUUUUAAACAAGACUAUUUAUUUGAUUUUAAGAUGAUGGUAUGGUUUUCAAAAGAAUACAAAUCAAGAAGUGCUAAAGUUGGAUUUUCCCAUACAUGUUUUUUUUUUCUAUUUCUCAAAGAAACUGAGGGUUAUGAAACUGGACGCUGUCCCUUCACGUAACUAAAAUUUUUUUUCAACUUUUUUGAAAACAAAUCUAUAUGGAAUGUUGAAAUGGAUUUCGUUCUAGAGCAACAUAUGUUCUCGCACGUCAACUUCAAACUUGAUGGCGAGAAUUCCAUUCCGUCUUUAUUAUGGAAGAGUUAUUUUUACAGAAGUAAAUUGUGAAAAGAAGAUGAGACCCGGGCGAAAAUAUAUUUGAGCUGGCAUUCGUAGUGAAUCUUUUACCGACUAUAACUACCAAUUUACCUGAGCUAUCUCUAGAUGAGUAUACCCUAAUAAAUUCCAAGGAAACAUCCUAUUCAGCAAUGGUUUGUUGAAGAACGACUUAAUUCAUUAAUAAAAUAGAAAUUGUCACAAUUCUACUAUAUAUUAAAAUCUGUAGAUGAGAGAUUCUUUUAAAUAAUAUUGCCAUAUAAUGAAUGAAGUAACUAUUUAAUU